AUGGAGCAUAGGACUUUUAGGGCCAUUAAGCAAAUCAACUUUGAUCUCCAUAAUGUGGGUGAGCAACGGUUGCUAGAGCUUCACGAGUUGGAGGAAUUGCGAAUGAACGCCUAUGAUAGUGAUAGCUUAUACAAAGCUAAGACUAAGGCUUGGCAUGAUGCUAAUAUAGUGAAGAAGGACUUUGUUGAAGGACACUUCCAAGUGAGUGAUUUAUGUAGUCGUGGCGGUUUUGAGAUCAUAUUCAAGGGCAAUCAACCAGGAGCAAUUGGAGGGCAAGAGGAAGGAGAAUCAAUGGAGGAGAGUAACCAUACUGUUGACAGUUCCAUUAUGGAAAUCUCAAAUCCAAAUCCACCCCCAACCCCAAUCAUUAUUGACAUUUCAUCUGACGAUGAGGAAGAUGAAAAGUUUAUUCAAGUAGAGCAAAAUCCAGAGACACCUAAACCAAUGGAGGAGGAGGAGGAUGUUCGGAAGGACUAG